AUGCAUACACCACAAGAUUUGUCACCCUUAUUUGAUAAUUUUCUAUUUGUUGCGGAAUUACACACAGUUUUACGACCUCAGUCAAGUAUUGCGAGCAUUACGCUGUGGUCUUUAUAUUGCGAGGAUCACUUGGCGCAUGGUGCACCUUAUGAUAUAGGUCGAGCUUUUCCCAAAAAUUUGACUUUUUAG